AUGGUGUCUAUUAGUGAUUUGGCAUGUUUCAACCUACUUAGAAUGAAUAGGGCAACAUUUGAUAAGCUAUGUUAUAUGCUAAGAGAUGUGGGUGGUCUCAAACCUAGUAAACAUAUGCUUAUAGAUGAGCAAGUUGCCAUAUUUUUACACAUAUUAGCACAUCAUGUGAAGAAUAGAGUGAUACAGCAUAACUUUGGAAGAUCUGGAGAAACCAUUAGUAGGUAUUUCAACUUAGUACUUAAUGGUAUGAUGAGACUUGGAAAUAUGUUGUUGAAGAAACCAGAGCCUGUACCAGAAGACUCAAAUGAUGAUAAGUGGAAGUGGUUCAAGCAUUGUUUAGGUGCAUUAGAUGGAACUCAUGUAAAAAUGAGAGUUCCUUCUCCUGACAAGGCUAGAUACCGAAAUAGGAAAGGAGAGAUAACGACAAAUGUGUUAGGUGUUUGCUCACAAGAUGGGUACUUCAUAUAUGUUCUGCCUGGGUGGGAAGGGUCUGCAGCAGAUGGACGAGUUCUUCGUGAUGCCAUUAGUAGGAGGAAUGGCUUAAGAGUUCCACAAGGUCAAUAUUACUUGGUUGAUGCUAGAUACACCAAUUGUGAGGGAUUCCUUGCACCAUAUAGAGGACAAAGAUACCAUUUAAGUGAAUGGAGAGAGGGGCGACAUCCUAGAAAUGUACGAGAGUACUUCAAUAUGAGACAUUCAUCUGCAAGAAAUGUUAUUGAAAGGUGCUUUGGCAUUUUGAAGUCAAGAUGGGCUAUCUUAAGAAGCCCAUCAUUUUAUCCCAUUAGGACAUAUAAUCGAAUAAUAAUUGCUUGCUGCCUCCUUCACAACUUAAUUCAUCAAGAAGGUGAUCUACUUGAAGAUGAAGUUGAAGAGCUUGAAGUUGAUGUUGACAGGAUGGAUUACCCCCCAAUUCAAAACUUGGAUACAUCUGAUGAAUGGGCUACAUUUAGGGAUAAUCUUGCAAAUGAAUGUUCAAUGCUUUUACUUCUAAUAGGGCUUCUACAUGAAAGAGUUAUUUUAAGCCUUGUAACUUUGUGA